AUGAAUGUUCUUAGCCGUUUGAGCGUAGAGGUGGCUAAAAAUGGUGUGAAAGGGAAAGUGCCUGUAGUUCGAUAUGUGUUGCCUAAAGAGUUUGAAUUAGUUAAUAAGAAGGAAUUUAUUGAUAAGAGCAAUAAUACGAAUGAUGAGAAGUCCAAAUCAUCAAAAAACUCUUAUGGGUAUGUGAGAGAACAUAUGACUCUUGUUGGACGAGGUUCCAAUUACCAGAAGAAGCAGGUGCAAGAGUAUUUGUCACCUCUGAGGCCAUAUAAAUUGAGGAGGCAAGAGAUUAAUAAAGACUAUGACCAAGAGAAGAGUAUAGAGUAUACAAAAUUUACAUUGCAUAAGAAGAAAGAAGAGCGGUUGGGAUUUGGCUUAUCUGAAGAUUUUUUAGGUGAAUUACUUGCUGCUUUAAUUAAAAAUUUACCGAAACGGUAUGAAGGACAAGAUGAAGUGGAUAAAGCCGAUAAUUUAAAUGAUGAUGAUAUUCCCUCCUGUAAAUAUGCUUAUCCAAAAUUUUCUAAGGAAGAAAUACCCAAGAUCCCAGAUUUUGAGAAACAUCCAGAAAAAUUUCCUGAAUAUGUUGGACUAUUGACCCAUUGUGAUUUCUAUUAUAGGAACUCUUCUAAAAGUAAUGGAAUUAUACCGAAAAUACUUAGAAACUUAUUUCAUCCCAGUAAUGUGAAGACGCUCCACCUAAGAAGUGUUGACAGUUUUAAUGAUUUGAUUUAUUACUUUAGUAACAAGUUUGACUUUGCCAGCUGUCGAGAAUUCUUAGCUCAAAUGAAAGUUGAAAACAUCAAACCAAAUACUAAGACGUAUAAUUUAUUAAUCAUGAAUGUGCUAAAAAAUUCACAUAUACGUAAAGGCAAAUCUAUACGGCCAGAAUUGAAGUUUUUGUUUCAUGAUAUGCAGAAAAAUCAAGUCACAGUUGAUGAAAUUACUUGGAACAUUUGUUUUAAUUUUCUUAACAAUGGUUUAUCCAAGGAUAUAUAUAUCGAACAAAUGGUCAAGCAUGGCGUUGCUAUAACGCCCGAGUUUGUUUAUACGGUCUUCCGUAAUGAUAAGACAUAUUCCAGCAGUGACAUUUUGAAUUAUUUAACAGAGAACAAGAUCUCAAUGACGUACAAAAUUUUUAAACUAUGCAUUGAGAAGCUUUUGAAGCAACAGAAGAGCAAAGUUGUUUGGGAAAUGAUACAAUUUGCGAUGGACAAUAACUCCCACGAACCUGGGCAAAUGAAGGUUACAUAUGAAGUAGUCGAUAAACUCCUGGCUGAGUUUGCUAGGCGAGGUAGAAUUGACCUAACGUUGAUGACAUUAAACAAAUUUCUUUUAGAUUAUAAGCUGACGCCCAGUGUCAACACAUUUGACAUGUGUUUUAAAUCAUUGAGCAACAGUGGAUACAGCAAAAAUUUUGAAGCAGUCUAUAGGUACAUCGUCAAACUGAAGAGUGAUAGCGGACUACCUCCAUAUAAGUCUUACUGGGCUGUGAAAUGCCAGAGUACCAUUAAAUUUAAUUGCCGUCAACUACAUGACAAAGAAGCGGAGAUAAUCAGAGGCAUGGAGUUAUUGAAUUCACUGCGAUUUCCCAAGGAUAAAUAUGUUGAUUUUACAUGGUACAUUCGAGAUAGUAAUAUUCGUAAGACCUUGCGAUACCUUGGAUGUACAUUACACAAGAUCCAUGACAAACAAAUCAACCCUGUAAAUAAAGAUAAGUCAAAUUACCGUCAACGGAUCAGAUUCAUUGCAAUUCAAAAAUCGAUGGUGAAUAAAAUCGACUAUAGCAUGGAUUACUACAAGACUCUUAAGAGAGAAUUACGUGAUCGAAGCAUUAUAUAG